AGGAAUAUGGAGUGAGAAAACGAGAUUAAAAAAAUGGAAGAGAGAGAGAAAGUGAAAGGGGCGGAGCGAUGGACGACGGCCAUCGGCAAUCUGACGGAGAUGGCGUCGAAUUUAGAUUCUCUGCAGAAAUUACUCAUCAAGAAAGCUGUUUACGUCGACGAUGAAACAUUUGCCAAGGCCUCACUCAGCUCCGAGCAAGCUCGCUCGAUCAAGGUUCUUGAGCAAAGAGUUGAGACUUUAGAGAAAGAACUUGAUGCUGCCAUUUCAGCAGCAGCACGUGCACGAAAUGAAAAACGGCAGGCUGAGUCAGCACAGAAAGCUGCUGAAUUGCGUACUAUAGAAAUCACAAAAGAACUCGAGAACACCUCUAAAGUAUUUGAACUGCAUAUGGAAGAACUGUGUGCGAAACAGCAAGAGAUUUCAAAGCGGGAUAAAGAGAUAAAACUUCUUGAGGCUAUAAUAAAGACUCUUGGUGGUAGAGAAUCACUUGAUACUGUCCGCUAAAUUCCAUCACGUAAGUUUGCUCUUGUCAUACUGAAGUAAGAUGGCCAAUCAUGUACAUGUGGAUCCCAAUGUAUUAUCUCUGUAAAGUCUUACAUUGAAUAACAGAAGUGAAUUAUCAUAAUUUUUCAA